AUGGCGACGGCGGCCAUCGACACGGCCUACAUCGCCGCGGCCUACUCGCUGCCCGAGCCAAACCUACAGACACUGCUCGAUGCGCCCACAGUAGAGCUUGUCCAGGAGCUUUUAGCCAAGAUUGAGGCUAAAGCGCGUGAGUUUGACGAGGUGAAGGCUGAGAAGCUGCGAUCCGAUGUUGAGCUUGAAAACGCCGUAAGGACGGGGGAUGCUCGCGCUAGAGCUCUCAAGGCGUCCGUAGAUAAGAACCUGAAAGAGUUGGAGGAUGUUCGAAAGAAGUUGAAUGAGGAGGAGAACGCGCGCGCCUCCCUCGAGUCCGAACUUCAAACCCUGAAGUCUUCAUCCACGACAUCAUCUUCGGAAACGGAAGUGCUCCGCUCGCGUGUCAGCACCUUGGAAGCUUCGAACCGCGAGACCGUUGUCCUGUUGGAAGCGAAGACCACAGCACACGACAAGCUUGCGGAAGAGCUGUCAACUCAACACCAGAAGAUAGUGGCGCUCCGCCGGGAAAUUUCUGAGCUGGAGGACAAGAACCAGGCAGCACAGAAUGCCGCUACGACAACCAAGUUCCGCCAGCAAGCCUUGCAGCAAGAGAUUGACUUGCUGAAGAAGAACAAUGAGUGGUAUGAGUCGGAACUACAGACCAAGAAUGCUGAAUACUCGAAGUACCGCAAGGAGAAGAGCGCGAAGAUCUCUGAGCUCCAGCGCAUGUACGAUGACGCGAACGAAACGAUCGAAUCGAUGCGCCGGACUGAGGCUACCCUCCGCAGCCGUGUCGACGAAAUCAGCCAGAAAGCCGAGGACUCACUCGAGAAGAUCCAACAGCUUCAGGAAGCGGCAGCCAGGGCCGAAGAAUCGUUCCGCGUUGAGCUUGAAAGCUCGCGUCGCUUGGCCGAUCUGCAAAAGCAGAGCGCGGAUACCGCUCGGGCACGCCUGCAGGAGGUUCAAGGCUCUUUGGAGAAGAUAAAGGAAGAUGCAGCGGAGGAAUUGGGUCAGAUGCAUGCUGAGGUUGAGACGGAGCGCUCUGAGAAAGAGAUGGCAUUGAGGAAGAUUGAGGAGUUGGAAGUUCAGGUCGAGAAGCUUGAAUCGGACCUCGCAUCUCGCCAGCAAAACACAGUGGCAAUAACCGGAACUCCUCGGCGUGCUGUCAAUGGUCUUGGAGGCGCCGCCACACCUGGACGCUCAGGAUCGCCUACUUUCGGCACGCCUGGCUACGCUUCCCCAUCGCGCGUGAAGGGUGGCCUCACUUUUACUCAACUCUACGCAGAGCAUGCUCAGACCAAGUCCGAACUCGACGCCGAACGUCGUCGUAAUGCGAAGUUGAGCAGCACAAUCGACGAAAUGAUCCAGGACCUGGAGGCCAAACAGCCUGAAAUCGAAGAGCUACGGGCUGGACAUCAGAAGCUUGAGAACAAUGUCCUCGAGAUCUCAGAGCUUCUUGAAGAAGCAAACAGGGAUCGGGAUGCAGCCAGAAAGGAGGCAAGGAAGUGGACUGGUCAAGUCGAUGGGCUUCAGCGCGAGGGGGAUGUUCUGCGUCAGCAGCUGCAGGACCUUAGCAACCAGGUGAAGGCCCUCUUGUUCGAAGUCACUGUCCGCGAUCAAGGCCUUGAAGCUCUUAGUGCCGCCGAUCAAGCGGAGUUCGAGAAGAUCGUCCGCGGCGAGAUCGAAGUGGACGACAGAGUCACCGAUACCAGCCGCUUCAUCACUCAGCGUCUUGUCAUUUUCCGCAACAUCGAGGAGCUCCAAGAGCAAAACAACAAGCUUCUGCGUGUCACUCGGGAGCUUGGAGAAAAGAUGGAAGGCGAGGAAGCAAGAGCCCAGCAGAACCAGGCAGAGAGGGAUCGUGAAGAAUUGGAGGAACUGAGAAGGAAGGCGGACCGUUACGAGGACGAGCUCAAGUCCUUGAACACUGUUGCAGAGAGCUACCAGCACCUGGCUUCCAUGUUUGGCGAGUCGGUGGGACCGUCGACUCCGCCGCCUGGUGGUUUCUCUCAAAGUGUUGGCCCCGGUGCCUCACCACACGCGAAGGAUCUCGCCGAUUACGCCAAGCUUCUCAAGGAACUCCAGAGCCACUUCGAUGCCUUCCGGAAGGAAUCAACGACAGAUCACGCCAUGCUCAAAGAGCAAGCCGACCGUUUGGCUAGGGAAAAGAGCGACCUUCAUGUGGAGAUCAACCGUGCCAGCUCCCAGCUCACAUUGGCACAGGAGAGAUACGAGCUUCUGCAAGCUAACUUCAACCAACUGCGGACCGAGAAUGCGGAACUACAAAAGAGAGGCCAGGCGUUGGCUGAAACUUCGGCGAAGCAAGAUCUCAAGACUGCUCAAGUUGCGGAAGAGUUGUAUGAGGCAAAGGCACAGGCCGACGGGCUGCGUCAUGAAGCUGCCAACCUGAAGGCAGAGAAGGAAUUUGACGAGCGGACACGCCUCAACAAGAUGAUCGCAGAUCUGCAGAAUUUGCAGAACGAGCGGGAGCUUGCAGAUUCAGAGAACCGCCGCCGCCUUCAAACUCGCAUCGAUUCUUUGGAGUCGGAACUGCAAACUACCAAGAGGAAGCUAGACGACGAGAUUGAGGAAGGCAAGCGCGCUGCUCUCCGUCGCGACCUGGGCAACACAAGAGAAGAAGUGGACGAGCUCCGCAUCGAGCUUCGCAACGCGGAAGAGAAGGCUGUGGCGUUGGCUCCUCGUCCCACGCCCCGUCAGCUUGCUGUCGAAGUUGCUGACCUCAAGCGUGACCUCGAGAUUGCCCGCAAUGAGCUCGAGGCUGCGAAGACGCAUGUUGAGCAAUACAAGGCCAUUGCUCAGGCUUCUGAGGAAGAGCUCCAGAGUAUUAACGAGACCCACGACCAGUACCGCGAGGAAAUGGAUGGCAUCAUCGCUGAAAAGGAUGCUAAGAUUCGCGAUCUCGAGCAGCGCGUUGAGGAUAUCUCCACGGAACUUGCUACUACCAACACCGAGUUGUCCAACCUUCGUACCGGCCACGAGCAGAACAUGGCUCGGUUCAACGAACAGAAGGCUAUUCUGGAAUCUGAGGUCACUCGUCUCAAGGAUGAAACCGCAAUCGCUCAGCAAGCUCAGCAGAGCUACGAGACCGAGCUUGUCAAGCAUGCCGAGGCUGCACAGAAUCUCCAGAAGGCGGAGGCGCAGGCAGCCAAGGCGGCUUUGGAGUCAAGCGAGGACAGCUGGAACGAGACGCGCAGCCGCUACGAGCGCGAGCUUUCGGACCUCAAGAUUCGCCGGGACGAGGUCAACGACCAGAACAAGAGACUUCACCAGCAGCUCGAGACAGUCAGCGCCCAGAUCUCCGCGCUCAAGCAAAGCCGUGCUUCUCUUGGUGCGGAGCCUACCGAGCCUGGUUCCACCCCUCCGCCGGACACCGAGAAUAUGCAGGAGGUCAUUCGCUAUCUCCGCCGCGAGAAGGAGAUUGUCGAGGUCCAAUACGAACUGCAGAUCCAGGAGUCCAAGCGCUACAAGCAGCAGCUUGACCAUGUCCAGGCUCAGCUCGACCAGACUCGCGAGAAGCUCAACCAGGAACGCCAGAACCAGAUUGAGAACCAGCAGACCAACGUCACGCACACGAAGCUCAUGGAGACGAUUAAUGAGCUUAAUCUCUUCCGUGAGAGCAGUAUCAAGGAGGUCGAGACCAAGUCGGGCGAACUCCAGCAACUCAGGGAGGACCGCGAUCGCUGGCAGCAACGUACACAGAAUAUCCUGCAGAAGUACGACCGCGUGGAUCCCCAGGAGCUCGCAGAGCUCAAGAAUAAGAUCGAAACUCUGGAAACUGAGCGUGACCAGCUCCUGGCUGAGAAAGAACCAAUGAAGGCCGAGAUCGAUGGUUUCGAGGAGAAACUCAAAGCUCUCAAGAAUACGAUAACCGAAGAGCGUGAUGAACACCACAAGGAGCGCCGCGAGAGGCUCAUCGAGCAGUUCAAGGGUCGCUCGCGCGAGCUCUCUGCCAAGAUCAAGGAGGCGAACCAGGAGAAGGAAGCUGCCAACCAAGCAAAGGAGCAGAUGGAGCAGGAGCUGGUCGCCGUGAAGGAAGAGUUGGAGAAGGUCAAGGCGGCUCUCGAGGAAGCUCUCACGAAUGCCAAGCCAGCCCAAGCCGACACGCAAAUGCAAGAUACUCCAGAGGAAGGAGAAACUCAAGAGGAAGGCGGAGAAGACUCUGGCGUCCCGAGCCCCGAGCUCGCCCUGUUGGAAGCUCGCGCUCAAGCUGCAGAGUCCAAGGCUGCCGAGGAAGUGCAGGAGCUCGAGAACCAGAUUACCGAGGUCCAGCAACGCCUUGAUUCCUCUACUGCUGAGCUUACGCAACUCAAGGAGAUCCAGGCCGCCCAGCCUGCGCCAUCCGAAGCUGCACCAGCUGAAACUGCACCGGUCGAAACUGCAUCUGCCGAAACCGCGCCGGCUGAGAACGCUGAGGCUCCUCAACCUCCUGCUGCAGAUGCUGAGACUCUGGAGACUCUCGAGAAGCUCAAGGCUGAGCUUGCCACUGCUCAACAAGAGGUGGAGGCUCUUCGGGCCAAUGCGACGUCCAGCACAGCACCUCCACCGACCGGAGAGGUUCCCGAAGGCUCCGUCUCCGCGGAGAAGAUGGCUGAGGAGAUCGCAAAGGUUAAGGCUGAAGCAGAGGAAAGUGUUCAGGCCGCACAGAACAAGUUCCAGCAACGUGCGGAUCAAAUGAGAUCAGCUCUUACUAAGAAACUCACCGAGGGCAAGCAAGCCCUCAAGCAAGAGAACGAGGAGGCCAUUCAAAAGCUCAAGGAGGAGCACGAGCAAGCUAUGGCACAGCUCAAGAAGGAGCACGAAGCCGAGGUCGAACGCAUCAAGACCGCACACCAACAGGAGCUCGAGCGUAUCAAGAGUGCUGCGCCAGCUGAGCAAUCCGCGCCGUCUACAAGUGUUGCACCUACUGAUGGCGCUGCUGAGGCCGCACCUGCCCCUGGACCCGAAGUCAAGUCCGAGCCGUCUAAGUUCGCCGAUCUCACCGAUCAAGAGGUCAAGGACUUGGUCAACAAUAACAACACGAUCAAGGCUAUCAUCACCCGAAACGUCCGGACGAAGUUGUCUACCGAGCUGGAGAAUAAGGCGAAGGAAUUGAACGAAAAGCAUCAGAAGGAACAGGAGGAGUUGCAGAAGAAGGCUGAUGGCGCCGUUGCCAUGGCGGAGAAGCGUGUUGCCCUCAAGCUGAACAUGGCUCAGAACAGAGAGCGCAAUGCAACUGCCAAGAUUGAAGUCGUCCAGAAAGCCGCCGAAGAGACACCUGAGCGUCCCGUUGGGGAGCAACAGCCGCAACCUGGAAGCUUCGGUCAACCCGCCCAGCAACACACCGGCCUCCCCCGUCCGCCGGUGCCAAUGAACCAAUUCCAAGGCCAGCAAGGCCAGCCCCCGCAAAUGAACCCCUUCCCCCCGCAGAACAACACCGGCAUCCCUCGCCCGGGAAGCGCGAUGGCUCAGAACAACCAGUUCCGCCCGAACUCGCCCUUCCAACAGCAGCAGCAGAUGCAGCAGGGGCAGUUCCAACCGCAGGUUCAGAUGCAGCAGCAUCAGCAUCAUCCGCAGCAACAACAGCCAGGCGUCGGCGGCAUGCCGAACCCGCAGCAGGUCAACAACAACCCUCUGCACAACCGCCCCGCACCCCAGCAGCAAGCCCAAGGCGGCCAACCACCCAACGCCGGCACCGGCCCGGCCGCUCUGCGCAGCCUGCAAUCCGGCACGGGCAUCCCCCGCGGCGGCGGCAUUCCCAGACCUGGCCGCGGUGGCGGACAGGCGGGCGCUGGGCAGCAGGGCGGCCAGCAAGGUGCACAUGCUCAGAGCAACUUGCCCACUCGUGGAGCUGGCGGAGGCGGCGGGCGCGGUCGUGGACGUGGUGGUGCUCAGGGUGGACAGGAUGGAGGUCCUGGUGCCGGUAGAGGCGGCAUGAACGCGUCGGCGAAGCAGUUUGUGCCGAACAAGCGGCCGAGAGAGGAUGGCGCUGAUGGUGCUGGUGAUGGUCCGAAGAGGGCGAGGGGUGGGGGUAAUGUCGGGAACUGA